AUGACUACCUACUUCGUGCCGGUCGACAAUUCCUUCGAGCUCACUCGUCAGCAACUGCUUCAAGAGUGCAACGUAAGUCAUUAUUUCGUGUUAUCUGAGUUCAUUUCACUUCAGGAUCUCAUUCUGUCGACGGCUGAUUACAUGGAGAAGUUCGUCCGAUCGUUCCGUCGCUACCCGGACGUUCCCUCUUUCACUUGGAGGGUAACUGCUCCCUGAGCACCUGUGCUUCUUCAAUCUUUCCUCUUUUCAGUGGAUGCAGCACUUCAUCCCGCGAGUCACCCACCACAAGGUCCCUAUCACCCCGGAGAUCAUCAUCACUUGCGCGGUACCGCCCCCGGGACGACCGUUCCUUUCUCAACUCCACCCGUUUUCAGUUCUUCACCACCUACAUCCGUCUCCGUUUCCGAUACGCUCCACGCGAUUUCUUCUACUUCCCGCUGCCGACGUCUGACUCGUUUCCCAGCACUGUCACCGACAUCAUUUCCGUCAUGGAAAGCUUUCGAUUGGAAUGA